GUGUAGCUAGUAUUAUGUUACAAAAUGUAUUGUUGGUGCAGCCUAGCUACUAUUAUGCUGCCCGUAGGCUAUUUAAAUAAGGACAUGAACCCAAUUUGUCCAGAAGUGCGAGUGAGCCCAAGUAGCCUAGAUAGCCUACUUUCGCUUUACCCCUAGCUCUUCCUUUACUUAGGUUUCGUUUUAGAGUAUAGUCCAAUAUCAUUCCUACUGAACGUUUCGAUUACAGUUUGGCAUCAUAAAACACGGUCUGCAGGAGCCAACUUCCAACACAAUGGCUAAACGCACGAUGUCCCACAUUGGACAGUGGUGUUCCCGAAUUUUUGGAGUCGAGUGUGAUAAGACGCUUCCUGUCUAUUUCGCCUUGCGCAUGGAUAGGCAGAUGGACCCGAAAGGAAAUGAACUAAAAGAACUAUUCGGAGAUAGGAAGGUCUACUCAUUUCACGUCCACUGCAAAGACAGAGUUCAGAGAUCGAAAUUGUAUGAGCAUCUCCAAAACAAACUGUCAUUUAUUCCCUCAACCGAUUGCACUAUUAUGGAAAUGUCAUCAUUCUUGCCCAGUGUACAGCAAUCGGUCAUCAAAGGAUUUCUUUUAAAACUCAACAAUGAUAACCCCAUCACAGAAAAGGUGGUUGAAGAACUUCUACAAGUGGACAAACUGUUUAUCUGUUCUUAUGUUCAAGAAAGAGAUGAGAUCUGGCAGCAACAAUUGUCUCAGACUGAAGGCUCAGAAAUGUCUACAAGGUACUGCGUCAUGUCAACAGGAGCACCGGUGCUUCAUCCCUCAGUUCUAAAUAUAAUGAACAACGACGUUUUCUACAGCUUCGAAGACGCGUAUAACGUUUUGGUGGAGUGUAGGGACAUCAUUCCUGAGUCAAAGGCAGUUCUGGAUCUAGUGGAUCAGCGAAUGCAUCCCAGUGAGAGUGGGAAGUUCCCAGUAAUUGUCAUUGAAGGACUUGAUGCCACAGGUAAAACAACGCUGACAGAGUCUUUGAAGAAGACCGUGAAUGCUGCGCUGCUCAAGUCCCCUCCCCAGAGCCUGGCUCCACUGAGACCGCGCUUUGACUGCGAGCCCCCCCUUAUCCGCAGAGCCUUCUAUGCCCUGGGGAACUACAUUACUGCUGGGCAGAUAGCCAGAGAGUCAUCAAAGACUCCUGUCAUUGUAGACAGGUACUGGCACAGUACGGCGGCGUAUGCCAUCGCUACAGCUGUGGGCGGAGGCGUGGGAAACCUGCCAGCCAGCGGGUCGGAGGUGUACCGCUGGCCCGAGGACCUGCUGCGGCCCAGCCUGGUCCUGCUGCUGACCGUCAACCCCGAGGAGAGGCAGCGGCGGCUGCGGGGCAGGGGCCUGGACCAGACCCGUGAGGAGUCCGAGCUGGAGGUUAACCACCUGUUCCGCAAGAAAGUGGAGGAAGCGUACAAGAGGAUUGAGGACCCAGCCUGCGUCAUCGUGGAUGCCAGUCCCACUCCAGACAAAGUGCUCCAGCAAGUGUUGCUUUUAAUGAAGAACAAAUGCCACUUGUAAACAAGCUCGUUCGCUCCCUCUUCUCCACCUCUCUCACUUCUCACUGCCUCAUCCAAGGAGGAGCCUGUUCCACUCAGCUCCACUAGGUGCCAGUGUAGUGUUGUGGAAACGCCCUUGGAUUCCAGCAGACGCCCCAGCUCUGAGAGGGGGCCAGAGCCGGAGCGCGCCCAUCAGGACCAAGUAUCGGGACGUGUCACAACAUGUUCGGCUCUUCCACAGCAGCACUGAUGAGAUCGAGGGAAGGAGGGGGGGGGGGGGGGGGGGGGGUUAUUAUGGACGCUGGUAUUUUCUGUCAGCAGCGAUCCACAGUGUGACCCUCUGACUGUUCACAGGGAUGCAGCGUUCAACGGUGCCUUAUUCCUAAACCACAGGAAACUAAAGGGCUCAAGCUCUGUGUUCAUCAAUCACUUAUAUUACAUUUAAGCAGAGGAGCCUGCAGAGGUUAGCACUGUACUCUUUCUUCCAGGCACUGAGGACAAGAACUCAGCCUAAGAGCUAUGGUAGCCAUUUGGCGAUUUCGAGCCAGCGCUGGGCACGUAAUUAUUUAGGCCAUAGCAGUCUGUCUGGCCAGUGUUUUGAUGAUUGAUACAUUUUAUAGAGUUAUGUUUGAAACACAUUACUGUUUUCCUUCCAUAAGUUCCAGCACUUGUUAAAUAGUAGAUGAUGUGAAUGAUUUUUUAAACCAUUGCUUACAAAAAUAAACAUGCCAAUGGUAAGA